AGCAGCAGCAGCGGGCGGCGUGGAGGGCUGGUUUACAAGCCCCGCACACGGGGCAGCUGCGUGGUGCAGCCUGCUGCAGGGCUUUGAUCAGCUGCAGCCUGGUGAACACGGGACUUUGAGUCGCUUUUUUUUUUCCCUUCCCAGGCAGGGGGUGGGAGGCCGAAGCCGCUCUGGUUCUGAGUUAAAGUUCCCUUGGCAGGAAGGUGCUGCCAGGCUGCUGCAGGAGGAUGCGAGCUGAGGGCAGCAGCAGAGUCGAGGAGGAGCAGCUGCUGCAGCUACCUGUGUGGCCUGGGCUGCCGCGGCAGAGACCUGCGGGCGGCAUCAUCAUGUGAAUAUUUAUUACCCGGUUGGGGUCUUCGCUCGCGGUAAUCGAAUGGGAGGUUUGCUUCGGGGAAGGUUAUUUUUUCCCCCUGCGGAAGCUUAUCUGGGGCUCGUGCGGCGAUCGGGGCAGCUGUGGAGCGGACCAGGUCUAACUGGCUUUAUCCAGACAAUGAUCCCAAAGACUAUAUGAUAAUUUCUGGUGGCUGAGAGAGAAAGAAGGCAUUUUGGGGACAGUAUUGAAGCAGAACAGGGGAGCAGGAGGGUGAAAUCAUCCUGCCUGCUCCUCCAGCAGUGGCAGCUCUGCAACUGGUGUGUGCAGUGCAUUUUCAGCAGUAGCAAAAUACUAGUUUGCAGGAAGCUGCCAGUUCAACAGCAGGACCUGAGGUACUCCAGAGACAAGACAAGAAGCAGCACCAGCAUGGAUAAGGACAGCAUGAGCCUAGCUGACCAGCAGUAUGAAUGUGUGGCUGAGAUUGGUGAAGGUGCCUAUGGGAAGGUAUUCAAGGCCCGAGACUUGAAGAAUGGUGGUCGUUUUGUAGCCUUGAAGCGCGUGCGGGUGCAGACAAGCGAGGAGGGAAUGCCACUCUCCACCAUCCGUGAGGUGGCAGUAUUGAGGCACCUGGAGACCUUUGAGCACCCCAAUGUGGUCAGGUUAUUUGAUGUAUGCACAGUGUCACGAACAGACAGAGAGACCAAACUAACACUAGUGUUUGAACAUGUCGAUCAAGACUUGACCACUUACUUGGAUAAAGUUCCAGAGCCUGGCGUGCCUACGGAUACUAUAAAGGACAUGAUGCUUCAGCUGUUGCGAGGGCUGGAUUUUCUUCAUUCACACCGAGUGGUGCACCGUGAUCUGAAACCUCAAAAUAUCCUCGUGACAAGCAGUGGGCAGAUAAAAUUAGCUGACUUUGGCCUUGCACGAAUCUACAGUUUUCAGAUGGCUCUUACCUCAGUGGUUGUCACUCUGUGGUACAGAGCUCCUGAAGUUUUGCUUCAAUCCAGCUAUGCAACACCAGUUGAUCUUUGGAGUGUUGGCUGCAUAUUUGCAGAAAUGUUCCGUCGGAAGCCACUUUUUCGUGGAAAUUCAGAUGUUGAUCAGCUAGGAAAAAUCUUUGAUGUCAUUGGGCUCCCGGAAGAAGAAGACUGGCCUAGUGAUGUUGCCCUUCCAAGACACGCUUUCAAUUCCAGACCCCCACAACCCAUUGAAAAUUUUGUACCAGAUAUCGAUGAACUAGGCAAGGACUUACUUCUUAAAUGUUUAGCGUUCAAUCCCACCAAGAGGAUAUCUGCCUAUGUUGCCCUGUCUCACCCUUAUUUCCAUGAUCUGGAGAAAUGCAAGGAGAAUCUGGACUCCCACAUGUCAACCAGCCAAAACUCCAAUGAGGUGAAUAAAUCAUAAGGCUCAUUGAAGCUGAACCUACAAAUGAACAGUGUAGCUGACAAAGGUCACUGUCCCUAGCUGUUCUACUGAAGAUCAUUAUUUGGAGGUUUUACACAUCUGUCUGCUUCUUCAGGAUGGUGAUGUGCUCCAAGGAAACCAACCUCGUUUACUUUCAUCAAAGCAAUGCAAGAGCCCGGGAUUUCACCUGCUCCCAUUGCAGCUUUAUGUGUGUGUGUUUGUUUUGUUUUGUUUAACUACCUGGGAAAGCUCCAGAUGAAGAGAAGCUGCUGACCAGUUUUGCUGCCAUUUUAUUCUUCUCAUAUUGAAUGCUGCCAGUGUUCCAGUCACUGCCAAAACAUGAUGCAAUCUCUCCCUCUAGCUGCUGAAGCCUGAUCUGGUAUUUUUUAAUUGUUAUUUUGGGAUCUCUUAAAGUGAUAGUUAAAAGAAUGGCAUUGAAAUAUUGGAUCGCUACAACCUGCAAAUAAUUGAUAAGUAAAUGAAGGCAUCUAGCUACUACUGGUAACAUACAAGGAGGUGCUUCCUCAGUUGAAAACUUGGACAAAUAAUUUUAUUAUUUCAUUACUGUCCAUAAAAAUGAUGAUGAUAAACUGAAUCAAUUUUUAGUUUUUUUAAUGUACAACUGAAUUAUUAACUAGAUGAGUUUAUGUGCAUGUCACAAAAAUAAGUUAAAAAAACUUUUAGGACUUACUCUCUAAAGACUCUACUCUCCAAAAAUAUUGCAUUUGUUGUUUGAAUCAGUCAAUGAAGUCUAACUUUUUAUUUCUUUCUCAAAACAAUUGCAAGCAUAUGUUCCAUGAUCUAAUACAGAAGUUUAUAAUAUGUAGAUCAAAGAGGUAGAUAGAGCUGAUGAAAAUCAAAACAGGGUUUCCCGGUGUAACAUAUACUUAUUAGCAACCAAAAAGUAACUUGGAAAAAUGUUUCCUGUUUUAGAUGCAGAGAAUUCUUUGAUUAUGGAGAAGAACACUUAUGCACACGUGCUAUAUUGGAUGGAAUAUAGUGCGCUGCUUUACCUGCAACACACAACUUAUACAACACAGUG